UUUCCCCGCCCCUCCUCCAGCUGAUGGCUGGCUGUAAAUACCUUUGGUUGUCAGGAAGUGAACUAGUGUGUGUGCCAACUGGAAAAUUAAGGGACAAAACACCUUCAAGCAAAAAUAACCGAAUGAAAUAAUCGUGCCUUUGAGGGUAUAGUAAUUAUAUUUUCAAGAAAACUGGAACGUAUCAGUUUUGGACAUGGAGAAGAAGCAUGGAAGGAGUCAACCAUGGGGGAAGUUAGUAAAAGUGGACUCUCAAUCUGAAGUAUUGCUUGUCAACAGGGAAUGCACUGUCGGGCGAAGAAAAGGCUGUGAUCUUUCCUUUCCUGCUAACAAACUGGUCUCGGGGGAUCACUGUAAGAUAGUGCAAGAUAAGAGCUCAGGAUUGGUGUGGCUGGAGGACACAAGCACCAAUGGUACAGUGAUUAACAUGUCUAAGCUGGUGAAGAAGCAGAUUCAUAUGCUGCAGAAUGGAGACGUCAUCUACUUUGUAUACAGGAAAAACGAACCAGAGCAAAACCUUGCCUACAUGUAUCAGUCCAUAAAACCAGAGAGGACAUUCUCACAAGACACAAUUGGUGGUGCCACCAGAUGCUCAGUAAUGCAGCAGAAAGCCCAGACCUGCCCUGUUACAGCAGCAGUAUGUGUGUCUGUGGAGCCAUUCCUUGUUGGACCUCCACGGGAGCAGCAGGCCUUGGAUGAACCUCAGCCCUCCACCUCCUCCCACCUCCUCCACACAGUCUCCUCCUCUACAGCCUGUUCCUCUGCAGCCUCCCUCCUUCACUCCUCUGCCUUAGCUGCUGAAGGCAAGGCUGGGCAGCACAACACUAACCUCUUCUGCUCAACAGACACACGACAGACUGAAGCCCAGAACCGAGUCACAAUGUUGUAUAAGGAGGGGGACAUGGAACCAGAGAGAAAAAGGAGGAAAACUGACAGUGCUGACAAGGACUAUGAUUUUGGACUGCCACAUACUUCCAGUAUUGCGGUGGUCGGCCCCAGCCCAGCUAAGGUUUUUCUUAUCGGGGAUCUGUUUGGAAAAGCUGCUGUGGCUGUGGAAGAAGCCAAGACUGACAAGAUGGAGGAGUCCCUAACCUGUAUCAUCUGUCAGGACCUACUUCAUGACUGUGUCAGCCUGCAGCCCUGUAUGCACACCUUCUGUGCUGCGUGCUACUCUGGCUGGAUGGAGCGCUCGUCUCUCUGCCCCACCUGUCGCUGCCCCGUAGAGAGGAUCCGCAAGAACCACAUCAUCAACAACCUGGUGGAGGCCUACCUUAUCCAACACCCGGAGAAGUGUCGCAGUGAGGAGGACCUGAAGAGCAUGGACAGCCGGAACAAGAUAACUCGGGACAUGCUGCAGCCAAAGAUUGAGCGUUCCUUCUCUGAUGAAGAGGGCAGCUCUGAUUAUCUCUUUGAGCUCUCCGACAACGACAGUGACACCUCCGAUAUCGGCCAGCCGGUUGUGAUGUGCAGACAGUGUCCAGGCUACAGGAAGGAGGUCAGCCAGGUACUGUGGGCCACAGGGCUAGCCCCUCUAGGACCAGCCCCACCAGCUCUUCUAGGACCAGCCCCACCAGCUCUUCAAGGACCAGCUCUUCUAGGACCAGACCCACCAGCUCUUCUAGGACCAGCUCUUCUAGGACCAGCCCCACCAGCUCUUCCAGGACCAGCUCUUCUAGGACCAGCCCCACCAGCUCUUCUAGUACCAGCCCCACCAGCUCUUCUAGGACCAGUCCUACCAGCCCCUCUAGGACCAGCCCCACCAGCCCCUCUAGGACCAGCCCCACCAGCCCCUCUAGGACCAGCCCCACCAACUCCUGAGGACAGGCCAGGGAAACCCCCUGGGGCUGGGGAAUCAACAUUAUCAACAUGCUCUGAUGUCCCCACUACAGCUCCUCAGGAUUACACCUGUCCUCCUCUGGGCAGCCAUGUCAUCUGCACCUGCUGCCUGCAGCCCAUGCCAGACCGCCGCGCCGAGCUCAUUGGCCAGCAACUCUCCGCUCAGCAAUGUGUGGCGUGCCUGCGGCCCUUCUGUCACAUGUACUGGGGCUGCCAGAGGAUUGGCUGUCAGGGCUGCCUCGCACGUUUCAGUGAACUCAACCUUACAGACAAAUGCCUGGACGGUGUUCUGAACAGCAAUAACUAUGAAUCAGAGAUCCUCCAGAGUUACUUGUCAGCCAGAGGGAUGUCGUGGAGGGACAUGCUACAGGAGGGUCUUCAGGGCCUGCAACAGGGAACCUUCUAUCUGUCUGAUUAUCGCAUCAACAGUAACGCCAUACUCUGUUUCUGCUGUGGCCUGCGAGCCUUCGGGGAGCUGGCCUACAAAUACAGACAGAACAUCCCUGCCUCGGCGCUUCCUGCUGUUGUGACGUCUCGGCCAGACUGUUAUUGGGGACGCAACUGCCGUACUCAAGUCAAGGCACACCAUGCCACGAAAUUCAACCACAUAUGUGAGCAGACCCGUUUCAAGAGCUGAAGAGCCUCGUAGGUGACCUGCUAUGCAAGGCUCUCCUGCAAAUCCUGGAGCGUACACAGACUUCUAAGGAUCUCCUGUAUUACUCUCAUAUGUACAGUGAUCAUUUUACUCCCUUAUUAAGCAGCGCCUUGCCAUGAGGAAAGGUAUCUCUUAGGUAAUAUAACUUGUAGUUCUCUCACAGGCUUGAUAGGCUUAUGUAUUUGAUGAUAUGCUGAAAUUACAAUCACACUCUUUUUGCUGGGUCAUGAUUAGCCAGCCUAGUGUUAUAGGUAUAGUAGGGCUGAGUGGGAUAAUGCUAUGCACUCCACACAGUAAGAGAGGAUUCCUUUAUAUGAUGAUGACAGACUUAUAUCUUAUGUGGAAUAUGAUCAUCAUCGCCGUUCAUUCCAGUAUCAUGUCCUUUUGGGUGAGGGAUAUAUUUAAAAAAAUCUACUGAAGACCGUUGGCAAUCAAAAUGGACUUUGGCCAUACAUGUACUGUUACACAGGAUGCAAUGCCAUCUUUUGUGACAGUUUAAGGAUCAUAUUGAUAUCAGUAAGAUAUUGAUACUUUUCCUAUUUCCGUGUUUUCCUUUCUCUUAACUUGUGGUCUAGUACUUUAGAUAUCUUGGAGAACUAUGUAUUUGAAUUAGAAUCUAGAGCUUCCUACUCAACUGCUUACUGUGGUGUUCUAAACAUCUAAGUAGUAUUCAUAUGAUGGUUAUAGAAACUUUCCCCCCAAACAAACUAGGUUGAAGCACAGCUAUGUUAUCAAAAGACUUAUCCAUAUACAGACUUUGAGGUUUCUUGUGAUUCAUAUAUAUGGAUGACCGAUUCAGUGGAACCAUUUUGAAUUCAGACUGUUGCUGCUUCUGCAUAAGACUGCUAACUGAUAAGACAAGUGCUAUGGAAAGGGAGUUGUUCUUAGUUUUGGGAAAAGGGGGAAUUCUGUUAGUUUGAUGUGGAUUUCCCAACAAGGGCAAAAAGCCCUGUCAAAGCUGAGAAUAAUAUGGUUCAACUAGAAUCAAUGGGAAAGUUAGUUAGGAUUUCAGUUUUUCUGGUAGAGAUAAGGGUUAUAUGUGGAAAUGUAGUUUUAUCUGAGGCUGGGAAAGGCAGGGGUAUUCAGUUAUAUGCUUUGCUCAGGGUAAUCAACAUAAAGCUGAUUUUAAAAUGGUGCAUUAGAGAAGCUUUCUCAGACCUAAACUAGUACUAACAGCCAAUGCAGUUUUUUUGUUAGAAUGCACAAUGGUUUGCUAGAGUUUAGGGGGUGAAAUUGUUCCUCCUUGUUACAUUAUAUUAAGUUAGUGGUGUUGGCUAAAUAUAUUAAUUAAGCAAGCAACCUGAUCAUACGGGUUCUAUCAUACUUAUUAGUAUGAUCGAACCAGGUAGCCUAGUGGUCAGAGUGUUGGGCCAGUAACCGAAAGGUUGCUGGAUUGAAUCCCCGAGCUGACAAGGUAAAAAUCUGACCUUCUGCCCCUGAACAAGACAGUUAACUCACUGUUCCCCAGUAGGCUGUCAUUGUAAAUAAGAAUUUUUCUUAACUGACUUGCCUAUUUAAAUAAAGGUUACAUUAAAAAAAUAAAAUAAAUGAAACAUUAAGGAUUGCCAUUCUGUUAAAUUAAGGACAUGUUUUUCAAUAUAUAGGAAGUGUUACCUUGGAGCAUGUUGGAUAGAUCUUAUAAUAGUUUUGUUUAUCAAAUACCAUGGUAUGGUCAAACCUCAUCAGUUAAACUUUCAUUGGUGCAAUUUCCCAUAAUAACUGAGGAAAUAACACUGCUGUUUGGUCAGGCAUUUUUAUCUGGCAAUGAAAGUACCCAUACCAAGUUAGAUUUGAAGAAAACAACAUUUUGUAAUUUCUAACAAUGGAGACUGAAAGUGGGCUCAAUUGCUCUUAGAAAAGAGACUAGAGGUGUAAAAGUCUCACGUUGUCAGACACGUUGCUGCAUUCUUGCUGUAGAAGAACUGAUCUAAAAACUCCAGGAUUAUAUUAUGAGACCAUUAGGUUGCAUUCACACAUGCAGCCCAAUUCUGAUAUUUUUUCACUCAUUUGUCUUUUUGACUAAUCAGAUCAUCCCCAUUUGCCAAUAAAUGGGCAAAAUAUAUGAAUUGUGCUGCCUGUGUAAAUGCAGCUUAGUUGCGAGAAAUCCUGCCUGUCUAAUUCAGUGUUGCAGUUACACAGUACUCAGAGAUACAGGUGUGUCACUUUUAUAGAUCAACCCGAGACAACUGGCUGUGUCUUACUUCUGCGUUUUGUCUUAUUAGAAGACUACUAUCAACAACCAGAUGUCCAUAAUGUUGUGUAGAACCACAACAGUAGACACUUGUCUCCUACUGUAUAGAGACAUCGGUCACAUUCUCUGUAAAUUACUGACAAGUCAUUAUGGAAGUCAAAUCGGCCCAAUGUCUGCAGACCUUUAGUCUAGAUAGAAUGGCCUGAUAUACUAAUGUUAUUCAUGAGGCCUUAUAUAUUGAAAAGUAGGAUAAAGAUAACUAAGUUGUUAGUAGUGAAGUAGAGUACAGAAAAAACCUUUUGUAUGCAAGUCAUUAGAUUCUGUUGCAGUAAAAAAAUUACUUUGACAGAAAUGCAAUGACAUUAUUCACUUUGUCAUUCGUCAUUUUAAAUUUAUAGUUUAAUUUGAAAUCAUCCGUCUUUAAUUUAGUAAAUUGUGACAUUAAAUUGACUGAUUUUAGAGGAAAAAGUAGUUUGCUCGAACUGUUAGUGUUUACAAGCAAGUCUAGCUUUGAAGUUUUUUACUUAUAUAAUUCAGCUUGCACACAUUGAAUGUAUGAAUCACUAAUUUGAAGAUUUAACCAAGAUUACAAUAAGGUUGGGAUUCAAACAAACACAGAUUAACGACCUGUUCACAGCUAUAGACUUUUGAAGGCAACUUCCCAAACGUUCAUGGAGAUCACGUAAGGCCACGGAUGUCGGCUCAAGCAGAAAUGACCUUUAAAAGUGCAUCGGAGCACACUGGUACUUUAUCUGCGUUUGUUUGAAUCCUGGCACCAAGCUGAACUGUAAUAAGCACUGCAGAAACGGUGCAGGUUCAACUCUGUCCUGUAACUUCAAUGGAUAUUAAAACAUCCAUUUAGAAAUAUCCUUGUGCAAUCAAUGUGUGUGGAACUCAGGAUUGGAGCUGAAACUCUACCUAUGUCGCUAUAUACCCUCAUUGGGGCUGUUUAGUGGCAAUAUUCACACGCUCAGACCGACUCUUCUGGGCUGGUAUAAAGGGGGGCAAAUAUGGCCACGCUUUCUGCUAGAGCUCGUGUCUUUAUUUGGGAUCUUACGGGCUGGAUUCAAUCCGUAUCGUGGUAGAUCCACGUAAAGAUCACUUCCAAUUGAGGUGACAUAUGCAGCGUGUACAGUAAAUGCAGUCUCCGCGACCGUGAGACCAUUGCCUUUAAUUGUCAAUCGCGCUAUAAAGCGGAUCUUCAGCGCUACGGAUUUAAUAGAGCCCAAAGUCGCGGUUUCCCUGUUGUGGGUUCACACUGGCAUUCCUCAGAGGCUCAGGCAAUAGCUCAGCACAACCCAGCCAGCCAGCCUAUCCCUCCCUACAGCAGCGCUGAACCUUAAUUAUAACAGGAGGAUCUGGGCACCCUAAGCCAACAACAGUGCAAGCCACCGAUCAGGAAUGGGUGUUAAGGAGGCUUUGGAGGGUGCUUUGCAUUCUUAGAGGGAAACGCUGUAUUCUAGGGAAAAUAUUUACUCUGUGAGAAUGUCUGGACCAAGAUGCUCUGUACUAACAGUAUGGCCAGUCAGUAUAAAGGCCUUGCCGGGGCAAGUUGAAUUCUACCUCAUCAGAGCUCCCGAGACGUUCUGAAAAAUCCCCGGUCUGUACUUUUGUGGAUUCUAGUAAAUGGGGGAUUGACUGGACGGCAUUUAGAGUAGCGCCGUUACGUUUUAAUGCAGGGGAACACAACUGGUCCCCGGUUGACUGCUGUUUUUUGUGUGUUUUUUUUCACCUUUGUCAAUCGGCGACCAAUUUAAAGCUGGGAGUUCAACCAGGUGUAUGCACUGCACUCUGAUCAAUUAGUUAAUCAACUUAAUAAAGUGGUAUUGAUUUAUCAAUAUAUAGCCAGGUAUAACUGAAAACCAAUGGGACUGUGAUUCUUAAGGACUGGAGUUGUGAUUCCUAGUUGAAUGCCUUUGUGAGCUUUUUGUGCCCCCGGUAUUAGCAAUGCUAAAAUACGUCUUAUGUAUAUGGCUCUAACAUGUCUGUUCUAGUGCACUAAUAACGUAUUGCUAAAUGUGUUCCCUCAUUGUGUUUAAGAUGCAUGACUUGCUACUGACCACUUUCAAUGGACAUCAAAUGAUCAAAAACUGAAGCAGCAAUUUAUGUAAACCUUUAUUAAAAGUUCUUUGCACAAAUUCCCACCAA